GAACAGAAGAAACAAGAUGGGAGCCAUUCAUGGGAAAGGGCGGUUCAAAUGCCAAGGAUGUCAGAAACCAUUUUCUUGGCGGUUAGAUCUGGCAGAACAUACCAAGACCUGUAAAGGCAGCAGCUCGAGCAGGAAGGCAUGGGAUGCUCAGGCUGAACAGUUCCUCCUUGAGACGUGCUUCCUCUGUGGCUGCCAGCUGUCGGGGAUACAGUCUGAAGAGGCUUCCUUCAUCAGGGGAAAACAAAAGCUUUACCAUUCCAAAAAGCCUUUGAUUGAGGUUCUAGAGAUGAUUACCCAUGAUUCUGCAGUAUCGUCUCUUACUCAUCACACCAUCGGUCUCUGUAAAAUCUGCAUGAAUUCUGUGAACAGAUGGGACGAAACUCAGCAGCAACUUCAGACCAUUGCAAAGUCACUACGUAGUUCAUACAGAGCUAUACAAAGGAAACCUGGAAUGAAGACAUAUAGGAGGAAGACCAUCUCAGAAAAAAGAGAAAUAGAGGAACUGAUUGAUGAAGGUGAGAGUGAAUGUAAUGAAGAGGAUGAGGGCAACGAGGAGAGCGAAAGCAAAGGUCUGACGGAACAGAUAAAACAGGAAAAGCAGACAGAUUUUCCUCAGCCGACAGAGAGAUUCGAUGAGUGUGAGAAGAAGGAAUAUGUAUGCGAAUGUGGGAAGACUAUACGUGGCCUCAACACUUUUGUUGAACAUCAACUACGGGAGGGUUGCAAGACAAAAACUAAUCAGUAUCCCUGCAAAUACUGUGGCUUGGUGUUCUCUGAAAAGAAACUGCUGAUUGUACACAAGAAGGCCUGCGUUGAGACCUCGCUGAUCAAUGGUGCACAUGAGUGUGACAUUUGCGGAAGACGGUUUUUGGUGCGUGGACGUGUAGAAACCCACAAAAGAAAUGUUCACAGCAUUGGAACGGCUGAUCAGCAACUCUGCAGCUAUUGCGGAAGAACAUUUGGUUCCAGCUAUAACAUGAAGAACCAUUUAGCAAGAGAACAUGGGAUUGGUCAGAUUGAAAUGGUUGUGUGUGAACUCUGCGGAGGGAAGUUCUCUGACCGAUCCAGCCUGCGCAACCACAUGAAGAACAUCCACGGAGAGCGCAAGUACGAAUGUGAAACCUGCGGGAAGAAGUUUGCCACUCCGGGAAUGCGCAAUCACCACAUGAACGAGAUGCAUAACAACACCUACAAUUACGAGUGCAGCAUCUGUGGGGAACAGUUCAAUGUCAGCUUUAAGUAUAGAUAUCACAUGCGCAAGAUGCACAACACUCUCCAGUAUUCGUGUGAUGACUGUGGUCGAACGUUUAUCAUGAGGAGUGAUCUGUAUCGUCAUGUUAGAGGCGUUCACAUGGGAAUACGAGACCCAAAGCGUUACCCGUGCAAAGUGUGUGGGAGGUUGUUUCCCAGCAUGUAUAAGGUCAAGAGGCACAUGAGCAGUCAUGGAUACUUGUCUUCAAAGGCGACAAAACAUCUAGAGCAGCAUGUUCCUGAGAUUGAUCCAACGACCAAUGCACUGAGGACUAGUGACUCUGCUGCGGCAUCGGUGCUAGCAGAUGCCGUGGCAGAGAACAGUGAUGGCACGAGUAUUGAUGUGCACCAGCUGCAAGUACCUGAAAUUUAUGCGGCACCUCACAUAACAACAUUAACACCGGAAAUCCUGCAAGGAGGACCAGACAUGGUGGAAGCUGAGACGAUGGUGGUUGGCUCCAUGUCCAGCAUUGUAGUGUCGGCAUCCUCAAUAUCAGACAGCAUCACAGCAGAGCUACAGCACCCUCUGCACGAUCACCAGCAGACGCGCCACGACCACCAUCAGCAGGACCAGCACCAGCAGCAUCAACAGCAGCAGCAGGACCAGCAGUUCCGCCGUGGGAAUAAUGCCGUGAUACAGCAGUCCCUGGCGCAGACCAUCAUGCCCAUGCACCAGAUGAUCGUGAUCCAGGAUUCUGUCAGUGUGCCAGGUCACACAGACUUUACUGUGGCACCUUCGAGUAGUCAGGUCAUCUCUGCUUCUCCAGCUGCCAACCAGGUCAUCUCGGUGUCGCAGUCUGGGGGAAAUCAAGUAAUUUCUGUUCCUCAGUCAGGGAACCAGGUCAUCUCCGUCCCACAGUCAUCAAAUCAGGUCAUAUCGGUUCAGAGUUCUGGACAAGUUAUUUCUAUACCUCAGUCUAGUGGACAGGUGAUCACAGUGCCGUCUGUAAGCAGCCAAGUAAUUUCCGUUCCCUCAGUUAAUUCUCAGGUCCUUACUGGGUCACUUCAUACCUCACAGGGCGCCUUCACUCUGCCACUAACCCAGCAAUCUACACAAAUUCAUAAUCAACAAAAAUUACCAACUAUUCAUUAUCAGUAUUUUCCAUCGUAAUGUGUACUAUUUCAUAUGUGAUAUAAUAAUAUAGAAUAAUUUUGUCUCUUGCAGUGCACUUUGGGAUUUCUGCACAAUCUUUAGAAUAUCUAUCAUUGAAUGGUAUUUCAUUUCAAAGUAAACCAAGUACCAUACAUCUUGUUCAACACUUUUCUCAGGCAUUCAGAAAGUAACAUUCAAGAAAUUUGAAAAAAAGUGCAAACUGUAACAGUGAGACAAAGACAUAAACAAGGAAUAAACGGAACAGUGGUUCAGUUUGUUGCAUUAACACAAUUAGAAGGCAUGUCCUUUCAAAGGUAUUUUCAAACCAAUGGCCCAAAUAUGUAUUUAUUAAUUACUUUAUUUCUUUAAAAUUUCAUCUAUAACAUAAGUAUUGAUAUAUUCACUACAUUUAUGAGAAUGUAGUACAUAAAGAAGAGCCUAUUGAGGUUGCUGUUAUAAAUGAAUUUUUAAUCUAAUAAACCAUUAAAUAAAAAUGUUUUUGGGCAAUUGGACUGAGAAUACCUGUGGAUGUGCUUACCCUCAUUUUAAAUAAGGGAACCACCAGGGUGCAGUUGGAAUUUGUGCAGCCGAGGACCAAAGGGAGUUUGAAACCUGCUCCUCGUCCUAAGUUAAGAAGGGGUUCCAAUUUCGGUUAUGGUAUCUCGUGACCAAAUCCAAAGUUCUUUCAAAGAAGGCACCGUCUCAGCCCUUGUGAGGGAGUUCAUGACGUAAAACUGGAUCACACAUAUUGUAUAUUUUGAUAUGUUAUGACAGUUAUUGUUGAAUUAUUUUUUGUAUAAAGUAUUAUGAAUGAAUAAAUAUGUACAUUUA